CACUGACGAGGGCUUCAGUCCUGCUAUGGCCAACACCACCAGCACCGAGGAGAGCUCUCCCGGCCCGGCCGCCGUAGCACUCCCGGAGCCUGACCCGGAAACUAGCAUAGAACCCGGCUCAGCGGCGAAGCCUGAGCCCAGCGAGGCCCGUUUUGACAGAGAGGAUGAGGAGGAGGAGGAAGACACAGCAGGGCAGAGGCAGGACGGCGAGGAAGGCCAGAGUUUGGACCCCGAGUGGGUGGAGGAGAGGUUCAGGAUCAAUAGGAAGAAGUUGGAGGCCAUGUUGUACGCUCCAAAGACCGGCGAUGGUGUGACAGGCGAGGAGUUUUUCGAGAAAGUGAUGAGAGAAACCGACACUCAGGUAAAAUGGCCGUCCAAGUUGAAGAUUGGAGCCAAGUCAAAGAAAGAUCCACACGUGAAGGUGGAAGGCAAACGAGCCAACGUCUUGAAAGCCAAAAAGAAGAUUCUAGAAGUUCUAGAAACCCGGGUAAACAAAGUCACCCUCAAGAUGGACGUGGCCUACACGGAGCACUCCCACGUCAUCGGCAAGGGCGGCGGCAACAUCAAGAAGGUGAUGGAGGUCACUUCCUGUCACAUCCAUUUCCCGGACUCCAACCGCCACAAUGCUGCGGGGGAGAAAAGCAACCAGGUGUCAAUAGCUGGACCCAUGGAGGGAGUGGAGGAGGCCAGGAGGAGGAUCAGAGAUCUGCAGCCCCUGGCGUUGACCUUUGACCUCCCCGUCAGCCUGGCCCCUCAGGCUCUGCCGGACGCCGGCUCCCCGCUCGUCCAGCAGGUCGUGCAGACCCUGGGGGUCAGCGUGAGCUUCAGGGCGGUGCCACCCCAGCCUCAGGCGCAGCCCGCCUUCUUCGGGAGCUGCUGCACCGUGUGGGGCCUGCAGGGCAACGCGACAGCGGUGAAGAAGGCGACCUGCGUCUUGAUGGAGCUGCUCCUGGGGUCGGAGGUGACGGGCGGCGCCGUGACCAGCCAGCUGGACGUCACCUCGCAGCAGCACCUCUUCCUGGUGGGGCAGAACGGCGCUCAAUUCCUGAGCGUCAUGCACCACACGCAGACCCAGAUCGUUCUGCCGGACCUCAGCGCGCCUCAGAACUCGCCCUCGCUGCUCAUCCAGGGCAGCCCGGAUGGAGUGUGCCUGGCCCGGCAGCAGCUCAUGGACUGUCUGCCUGUGUGUUUGAUGUUUGACAUGCGUGAAGACAUGGAGGCAGACCCCUGCACGCUGGCUCAGAUGAUGCAAAACCUGGGAGUCUUCAUUAGUGUCAAGCCCAAAGUGAAGCAGACCAACAAGUCAGUGGUGGUGAAAGGUCUGGAGAGGAACAUCCAGUGUCUUUACGAAGCUCGUCGUCUGUUGCUGGGCUUGGACUCCUGUGACUCCGCCAAGGUGACCAAGGUGACCCCUGACCCUGCUCUGGCCGGCAAUGAGCUGACCAGCUACUGGCUGAACAUGUUGCUGCAGCAGCUGCGCCUCGCCGAACACGGCCCUCUAUCAGGUCCCGCGCUCGAAGUUAUGAGUGGUACAAAGCCCCGCCCGUCACCCCCACCCGGGCUCCCAGCCCCUACUGAGGAAGUCAGGGCCGGACUGAAGGGAACAGACUGCCGCCCCCUGGAGAAGAUUCUAGAAAACGACGACCUGUCGGGACAAUCUGAGGACGAGAGCCCUCAGGACAGGGUGAUGUUGAUGUCAUCGGAGGAUGCGUUGAACUUCCCCACCAGCAGGAUGGCACUGAUGGGCCGUAGGGGGAGUCUGCAAGGUCCGGAGUUGAGCAAGGUUUUCAGCCAGGCCAGGCGUCACUCCACUGGGCAGGCGUUAACAUGCAGGAUGCUGAAUGCAGAAAUUGAGCGUGGGAGGAGCGAGCAGAGGAACAGCCUGAGGAGAGAUGCGAUGCAGUCCCGGGAUGUUUGCGUAAGCUCUUCGGAAUCUGAGGUUUAUGACUAUGAGAAGAAGAAACUGCUGGCAACCAGAGCCAUGCAGAGAAAACCGGUGGUCACUGAAGUCCGCACACCCACGGACACAUGGAGUGGUCUGGGAUUCUCCAAAUCCAUGCCGGCGGAGGCCGUGAAGGAACUGCGGAACAUCAGCCGUCGCAGCUACAAGCCCUACCUGAGCGCCUGUACCAGCCAGCCGUGGGCCAAUCAGAACGGGACGGCGUCCUCCAACGGGAGCAACUCAGACAACUGGCGGGACAGACGAGGGUCCCACCCGGCCUCCUCUUCCUCUUCCUCCUCUUCUUCUCCCUCCUCCCCGCCCCCCGCCUCCCACUUUCCUGCAUUUCCGCCGAACAGAAACAGAAACGACAAGCUCCCGGAGGGCUUCGCGGGUUGCGGCGGCUUCUUCGAAGAGGUGUGCUCGUCGAGGAGGGCGUCCACCUGCAGCCAGCGCAGCCCCUCUCCCCAAAUGAUGGACGACCUGCCAGAGCUUCUGGGCCAGCUGGGCUUGAUCAAGUACAUCGAAGUGUUUGAGCAGCAAGAGAUCGACUACCAGACUUUCCUCACGCUGUCUGACGAUGACCUGAAGGAAGUGGGCGUGUGCACGUUCGGCGCCAGACGUAAGAUGCUCCUCGCCAUCUCAGAUCUGAACAAGAGCAAGAGGAGGCCUUCGGACACGUCCAGCGUGAAGUCCGGGUACCUGGAAGGCGGAGCCAGCGGCAGACUGCCUCGCAUUGUGGACAUGGAGGUGGCGACCUUGAGUAACCGCUGGUGAAGAGAAGAUCUUGUAUUAACCCGUGUCCAAAACAACACACCAGCAUGUAAUCAUGUGUCUGGCGUCAGCAGCCAAAUUCCAAAGCUUCUUCUUCUAAAUCAAGACAAGGAGGUCUUCUCUUUAUCAACGUCCUUUCAAUUUGUUCACAUUAACCACUAA